AUGGAGUGUUUCAAACCAAGAUCUCCGACAGAUACAGAUGAAAGGAGCCAUGCUAAACAAACAGCCGAUGUCAGAGAUCCAGGCAUCUUAGAAGUCCUUCUGGAGAUAGGGAAAUUCUACAAUGUUGAUCUGUUCCAGAGAGGAUACUACCAGCUGAGAACUACUCUUAAAUUAAAUCCAAAAAUAUCCUCAAGCGUUGAGAUCAGACAUAAAAUUAAAUGCAAAGGUAGUGAGUUCAAGCCGAGCACGAGUAGCAACGUGGCUCGUACGAAGACCUUUCAAAUCCUCUACAGGAAGGAAGAUGUGGAUAUAUUCGAUGCCUUCCUCUUCAAAGUCGAACUGCUCGUGGAUAUUUUAAAAAUGGAAGAUGUUUUUAGAGACUUAGAUAUGCAAUUCGUGGUUGAAAUGUGGUUCACAGAAGACGACGUUGUUUCAGACCACUCAGACAAAUUCCAGCAGCUCUGUCAGAGGUCAAUCAAGUUGAACUUUGACCCGCUGAAAGGUCUGCACGGUAACCUGCCCUUGAUAUUCGAUUACUUUCACUUGUCUGCUGUCAAUCUGUCUGUUCACGCGAGUCUCGUGGCCUUCAAACAAUCCAAAGCCAUUGGCGCGGCAUUAGCACAGCCAUCGUCGUCGUCUUCAUCAUCAUCCAUUCCUUCAUCUUCAUCAUCAUCGUCCAAUUACGCCUCUCUUGAUUUGAGUGUUCUAGAAUUCGCUUUGUUUGGCCCGCCACUACAACCUAAUUCAUCCAAUAAGAAUAUAGCUCAAGUGCAAAAAACAAGACGUGUUAUUGCCUGCCAGAAGCAUCAUCUUAUGUGCAGGUAUUUGUUGUCGGCGUACGAGAGCAUCCAAUCUUCAUUUGAGUUGCUGGUCACUUGUCUUCCUCCUCACAAACAAAUUGCCAUUGAGAAUAUUGAUUGUGUGUCGAAAAUGGAAGAGUUGGUUCUUAAAUGCGAGAAUCUUUCAGAAAUGGUUGAUGCGGAGGAAGAGGACAUUCUGCAAAUAGUUUACUCCGACAUCACUAACCUGAACACGCAGCUUUCCAUACUCUGGGUCCAAUACCUGGAGUUGGUUUUCUUCAAUAGACCGAUAGCCUACAAGCUGGCUAAAAGUUAUCAUUCACAUAGAGUGAAAAGAUUCUCAGAGGCAUUCUUCCUUCAGGAGUUUCCGAAAAGUGAAGUGCUCAACUGCUUUGACGCCAACCAACAUAGACAUUCAGACAUCUCAACACGUGUCCGCCUGUCCGAGUACUUCAAAACGAUACCCCCCUUACCUUUCGAAUGCUCGGAAAUGGACGGCGACCACCUCUCUCUGCCCAUCAUAUUCGAAGACGUCUUCGGCAGCAGCGGCAUCAGCGACGGCCACAACGCUCUGAUUGUUGCGUCAACGAAAGAUAAUGCUGGCCAGCAACAAAACGUCUCGGUGGGUGGUGUGAAGAGGACCCCCACCGUGAACAGGUGGGCCCAGAGGAACAACUCCCUCAAGAAUGCCAACAAGUGUGUCGUUUCAAAUGUUGCGAAGAGUAACAGCAAUGAUAAUGUCACUUCCAGCAGCAACAACAACGUCACCGUCGAUGGCGCUAACAUUAACAACAACAACAAUAAUAAUAAUAAUAACAACAACAAUAAUAAUAAUAAUAGCGCGAACAAUAAAGCCGUAAAAGCGGGAAUAGUUUAUGUUAGCGAAGUUAACGUUGCGUUGAACAGCAGCUCAUCAAACUACUUGCCACUUUCAUCCGCUACAGCUGCAUCAUCUACCAUCAUGACGUCAUCAACAGCAGCAAUUGCAACAUCGCGAAGUAGAAAAACAUCGGACACGCCAUCUUCGACGGGCUCACUGGACUCCAACAACUUUUUGGCGUCGUCGGCAACGAAACAGCAACAACGACACAAAUCGAGGAUCAGCAAAUUCCGUCCUGAAUCACUUCUGCUGAUGUCGUCUGGUAGCAGUUGGCAGCAGCAACAGCAGCUUAUUUCGAAUGGCCUUGAUUUUAAAGGUCACCAAGUUGCUUACGACGCUAAUGAUUGCAUGCUGGUUGGGUACAAAAGAUUCAACGCCAAUCAAAAUAUAACCACACCUCCAAUUGAACUUGGCACUUUUAAUAAAGGAGGCUCAUUUGAAUGUUUAGACGAUGGUGUUACUAAAAUAUCAAGCAACUUUAAUAAUAUGACUAUGCAACACACAGCAACUGAUCCUUCAAUAGACAACCACAAGCCAACUACAACAUCAUGCAUCCCUUCAAGUUCAGCAAACACAUCCUCUCCACAGAAACAACAAAUAUCGAUGACGUCAGAAAAACAGCAGCAGCUGCAGCAGCAGCAACAAAAUUACUCGACAUCAUCCUCAACAAAAACGCAACGACAAAAACAGAGCCAACUACAGCAGCAGCAUUCCCAACAAUCAUCGUGCUUCCUGUUCAGCGCUACAUCAUUACCGACACUGAAUGAUGAGGAAGAUGACGUCACUGACAACAUAACCACGCCAAUUUUAAACUCUCAAUGCCUAUUGGCUGGCGGGACUGGGGGUGGCUCCCUGCCUGAACUGAUCGGGGGCAUUGCAAAGGGGAGUUCAGAAAGUUCUGGCAUUUCAAGGGGGUCUGUCUGCGUGUGUUUUGAUGCGCUGAUCCCAAAUGUCACAUCCACUUUAAUCAGUCACGGUCUACUUUCCACUGAAAAGGAAAGAAACGAAUCGAUGUUACCAUCGAUAAGUUAA